AUGAUUGGGACAUUGGCCUGCGAAAUGAGUGCACUUCGAUUAGCCACAAGUUGCUCAUCGAAAAUCCUGAUUUCAACUCGAAAUUUUCCGGCUCGCGGCACAAAACCACUACCAAGACAUUUGUGGGAUAUGAAAGAUUUGGAAGAAAAAUCCGGAGGAGAAUAUACGCAUAAACCAUUGAGGAUUAAUAAGUAUGCGAGAAUUUUGGGCUGGGAAUUUAGAACGAAAUUCUGUUUAGAAAAUAAAACAAAUUUCUGUUAGAAUUCAUUUGGUCCUAUUUGAUCCUAAUAAAAAUUAAAUUCUCCACCUUGUGUUUUUUCCACGGGAAAAUCUUAAUUUCAAAAAUGGGUCCAAAUGUCAAAAAUUAAAAAAUUUUGCUAUAUCAACCCCAAAACCAUUUAUUUUUUUUACCAGAUUGGGAGGUCGAGACCCAGAAACCGGUCGAAAAGUGAAUCAGCAUAUUGGUGGAGGUGUGAAAUUCGACUAUUUUAUGAUUGAUUUUCAUCGACGCGGACCAUCGGAUGGAAUUUCGACCUAUGAUGAACGUGUUUUAGAAGUUCGAAGAGAUCCAAAUCGAACUUGUCAUAUUGCUUUGGUUGCUGGAAUUGAGGGAAAACGAUGGAUUUUAGCGACUGAAAAUAUGAAGUUAGUUGAAUUUUUCGGGGAAAUUCAAGGAUUGUUAACAAAAAAUGUGAUUUUCUCAAACAAAAUCUCUGAAAAGCUAUAUUUUCUGUAUUAGAAAUAAUAAUUUAUUCAAAGAAUUCUACUUGAAGUCACAAGAAUCGAAACAUUCGAAUGUCGCGGUUUUAAAUUUUUUCUCCGAAUUUCAAAACAUCUCAAAAUCAAAUCUCGAUAAGGUCGGUGAAUUAAAAUCAUCGAAAUUGUUGAUAAAGAACCAUGUAAGCAAACCACAAAUAUUCCAAUAUUAUUUAGAGCUGAAACAGUUUUUUCUCAUGAAUCAGGUUAUUAAAUCAAUUUCUCACUUUGAUUGUAAUAAUUAUAAUAAAAAGAAUAAGAGGCAUAAAAUAGAGGAAUAUUUAAAACUGCCAAAGGAAUUGAGACUUGAAAAAGAAGCGAGAAGAAAAACGAUUUUUGCAACUUUUUUGUGGAUUUUGAAAGUUUUGUGUUGUUUAAUUGGAGAUAAUACAAUGUUCCCAAUAUGAAAUAUGUGGCUUCAGAAGAUUGGAUAAGGACCAUUAAUCCCAAUGUUAUUGCGUUGGUUUUUGAAUCCAGUGAAAGAACGAAAAUUGGGAGAGUAUUUAGUUCAGAAGGAAGGCACGGAAUUAUCUGGAAUUUUGAGAAAUUAAGGAUUUUUGGUGAUUUUCGAUUCAGAAAUUAAGUUUUUUUUAACUGAAAUUCCGUUUUUCUAGUAUUCCCACCUCCAUAAUCUUUCUCCUAGCAAUUUCAGCAUCGGGAAUCUCUGAAAAUGUAACACAACACAAAAGUGAGGCAAUUAUAAAAUUAAAGAUUGAAAUAAUAGUACAGUUUCGAUAAAUAUGUCCACCAUUUAGAAUAUUAUAACGUGAUUGGAAAAGGGAAACAAUUGAAGAAGCUGUUAUGUUGAAAAUUAGAAUUGCGAUUAGAAUAAUGUACGAUUCUUUGAAAUUGAAGUAUGUGUAAAUUCCUGAAAUUUAUUGCGAUAUUCGGACGAUUUUUGGCCUAAACUUACCCAAACCAACACCUGAAAGUGUUGGAAAAAGAACGUAGGGAGUUACGAAAUACGAUAAAUAUAUAUCUAAUGCUGAUUCGCUGAAAAUUUUUUUUGAUUCUCGAUUUUAAAAUCUUCACCAAAAAUCCGGCAAUUUCACCACGUCAUAACUAAAUAUUUUCAAUUUGUCUUACCACAAACAAAGAUAAAUCAAGGGAAUUUUGACAGAUUUCAUCGAAAUUGGAGUUUGAUAAAUCACACAAUAAAUUGAAAAACAAUUUAUGAACGUUGAAAAAAUCGAUAAAUAUUGAAGACUUGAUUUGUGAUAUUCUAAAGUUGAAAAAUAUGUGGAUUCUGUGCACAUUUUUCUGUUUCGAAAUAUAUCAGUUAUGAUUUUUUGUUUAUCAAAUGAUGAAUAUUUUCAAAAAUUUCAGUUCCUAAUUAAUUAGGAGCUUAGUCAGGCGUAACAUGUUUUUGUAUAUCAUAUAUUAUUUUUCUAGUUAAUGAGCAAUAGGUCUAACUAGGCAUGAAAAUCAAACAUUAUUUUAUUUUAAAUUCAUUCUUUGAAAACAAAAUGAGAAGUUUAUUGAUUAUAGUCUCGAAUUUUGGGAAUGCACAAAAAUCGAUAGAGAUUGACUAUCAAUAUUUUUGAAUCGAAUUAGCGAAAGUACUGUAGAUCGAUAAGGUUUGUGAAUAAGAAUCAUUGAUAUUGUUGAAAGUGAACCAUGUAAACAAAUGAGAAAUACACACAAAUUGUUGAGAGCUGAAAAUGUGUCAAAUGGAUUUUUUUUUUCAAUUUUCUUAAGUUAGUCUUACUCUGAUUAUGAUAUUCGAAAACACACGUUGCUACAAAAUAAGUGCACGGAAUUGUCAAAACCAUCAAUGGAAUUGUGAUUUGUAGACAUAAAGCACGAAAAAAAGAUUUUUGUAAUUUUCGAGUAUUUUGCGAUAGGGUUUUAUCGUUCAAAUUGAGAUGAUAUAAUGUGCCGAGACAGAAAAUUGCGCCUUCAAAAACAACGCCGAAAUUUGCAAGGGUUAGAGUUACUGUAGCUUUGGAUAGAUCGAGAUUUAGAACAAAUAUGUUUUCUUGUUUUAGAAAGUCGGGUAGACAAGGAAGAGCCUGAAAUUAAGGGGGAGUUAUUUUUGGUCUGAAAAUACAGAAAAAAAAUUUUACUCAAAUUUUUUCACUAAAAAUUUAUACCUGAAUUACCAAAUUCCUCGAAAUUUCAUCCUGAUUAUCAAUUUCAUAAAAACAAAUAAGAAAAAGGCAAAAAGCAGUGAUAAAAUUGAAUAUGUAAAUAAUAAAAGUAUUCCGUUUAUCCGAACUCGAAUUUCCAGACAAAAUACUAUAGCGAUUUUGAAAAAUGCAAACAAUUGAGGAAGAAGUUGCGGUAAUUAGCAGAAGAAUCAAAUAAAUUUGAUAUUUUUCAUUGAUUUUUAGGUCCUUAAGAAGAACGGCAAAUUUUGAAUUGAAAUUAUUAAGUAUAGAUUCUAAUUCAAUAAAAACUCACUUUCAAAAUUCCAUAGCUUAUCCCUGAAAAUGUUGGUAACAAUAAAAAUGGUGUUGAAAGAUAGGCUAAAUCAAAAUCCAACAAAGUUGCCCAAAAUGCGGAUAAAAACAUGGAUAAUUUAGCGGAUUUCAUCAUUGAAGGAGUUUUGAAAAUUAUACAAUAAAAUGAGAGAAAAUUAAUGAAUAAUGAGAUUAUUGACCAAAUAUGAAGGGUGUAUUUAAAAUUUUGAGGAGAAUCGAAAAAAUUUGGAGAUGAGCAGGACAUUACAAAAUUUUGAAAAUAAUUAACUUUUGUGAUUUUUUGGUUUUAUGCUUAUUAGAAAAAUGACGACUUUUUGUUUUUGUUGAAAAAUAAGUAUUACUAAUUUUAUAAUUAAACAAAUAACAAGGUUUUUUGGGGGAAAAUUGGAGCUGGAAAUUCGGAAUAGUUUUUGGAAAUUCAGAAAAACUUUUCAAUUAAGCUUAUGACGUGGCUAAUUGGAAAUUUCGUUAUCGGAGUUUUCGAAGUGAACAUUUCUGAAUAUUCAAACCUAUCAAAAAUUAUCUAAAAAAUUUAGUAUCUUCCGUGUUACGUGGCAAAAAAUUUAUUCAAAAAAUAUUGAUGGAUCUCUCAAUUUUAUUUGUCUUUUUCUUAAUUAUCCUUAUUGUCUUCAAAAACUUUUUGCACAAAAAUUCGCGAUAAGACUUGUGUAUCAAAAUGGUCGAAAUAGCUGAAAGUGAGCCAUGCAUUGAAAAAAUUAUCACAGCAAUAUUGUUAAGUGCUGAAAAUACAUUUAUAUUUGAAGUUUUUCUACUCUAACUUACCCUGAUUAUAAAAAUAGAUGAAAAACGAAAAAGCUCCAUAUAAAAUUGGAAUUGUUAGAACAGUAAUAGGAAUUGUUAUUUGAAUACAGAGUGAGAUGAAAAAUGAUAAUUGUAGUUUUUUGGUGUUUUUUGAGAGUUUCUUGUUUCCUAAACUUAGGUGGUUUAUUGUUCCGUACACAAAAUAUGCGCCUUGGAGGAAAGUGUUGAAAUUGAAGAGGAAUAUGGGUAAUAUUAUUAUAUAUUUGUUGGUAGAAAAUACGAAAGUAUUGGAAGAAUUAAUUCCUGGAGGAAGACAGGGAAUCUGGAAAAUUUUGGAGAUUUCUCAGAUUAAAUUUUCUAGAUGCAGAGAAACAUAUUUCAGUUUGACUGCGAGAUCUCAAUAGGUUUAUGGUCGGCAAAAAAGGGCAUAUAUGAUAAAAUAUAGUUACUUACACUCGAAACAUUUUUCUCAAAAAUGUCAUAUUUCACUUCAUAACUAAGAAUCGGAAUCAUAAAACUCGUGGUUAAAAUAAUAUUGAUUAAAUAAAUCAAGAAAUUCACAAAAGUGUUUUUCCGCUGUUUUGUAAUUGUAUAAAAUCGAUUUGCAAAUAAUGAAACAAUCGCCGAAAUAACACAAACUAUAGCCGAACAAAUUAGAAAUGUUUGAAAAGGUUUUGGAAUUUUAAAAGUCUCUUCAAAAACUCCGAAAAAUCCAACAGACAAUGAUGGAAUGAGUAGAAAUGGUCGAGUUCCAAUCGAUAGAAUCAGGUCCAAUAAAAUUGACCAAAAAAUCAAUAAAAACAUUGACCAUUUUGCUGAACCCACAGAUUUUGGGGUUUUCAAUAGAAUUAGGAUGAUUGUCAAAGUUCCUAGAAAAAUUGGAAAAAUCGGAUAAAAAUAAAAUGUAGUUUUUAGAAAUUCUGGAGUGGAAAAUGGGCUCAAUGAGCACAUUUUCUUGGUUGAUUAUUAGUUUUGAAAUAUUUCAAUUAGCGGAAAAUUGUUGUUUUCUUGUUAUUUUAUGAAAAAUAUGUUAAUUAAUAGGUCUGGGUGGGCUGAAAACAAAAUAUUAUAUGAUUAUUUGGCCUAGAAUACCGUGAGAUGAUCUAGAAACAGAAAUGUAGUAGUUCUUGGUCGGCUAUAAAUAAAAAAGUAGGAAGUCGGAUCCCAAAACUGUUUUGAAUGUUUCAAAAACCUCAAUAAAAUUAAACAACUUUUUUUUUCAAAAAUCAAUAUUUUGCAGAGCUGGUGACAUAAUCUCAACAACAUCGCAUUUGUCUGAAAAUCCAGUGAUCGGAGUCGAAGGAAAUGCUUAUCCAAUUGGAUCGCUCGCCGCUGGAACAUUGAUAAAUUCUAUUGAAAGAUAUCCGACAAAUGAUUCGGAAAUUUUUGUGCAAGCCGCUGGAGCAGCAGCGACAAUUGUUAGACAUCAGGGAGAUUUUACCGUUGUGAAAGUGAGAUUUUUUGGGGGAAAAUUGAGGGGUGGUAAUACUUUGAAACAAAUGUGCGAUGUUCAUCAAAUCUCAAAAUUGCACAAAAAAUGUUUGACAAAAAUAUAGAACUUUUUUUUUCGGGAUCAAUUUUUUCUUCGUAUUACUUAAAAAAAACCUCCAAAUGAAAACCUUGUUUGAAAUGUUUUCCACAUGGAUUGUUUCCCAAAAAUCCCCCAGAAUUUAUUUUUUUUGCAAUCAGGAAAUUUUUUAAGAUCAUUGUUUUUUCCCGGUUUUUUUCUCAUUGUUAUCACGCGAUUCCGUGAGAAUUUUUUCUGUUGGAAGAAACAAUAAUAAGGAACUUGUUUUUCAGUUCUGAAAAAAUAUAAUUGAAAACAACAAGGCAAACUGUGCUCUGGAAUUUUGGGCGAGAGAUUUCUUCAACUUCCCAUCUUACAGAGAUAGUUUUUAUAUUGGCAUGGCGUGAGAAAUUGAAAUUUAUAUGUAUUAGAUAUCUCAAUUAUUUGACCUGCUCACAGAACAUCUUGGUCUUUGUAAUUUUUAAUCCAUACUUCUUGAACACCAAAAAUUUGAUAGUUAUUCUCAUUUUUUUGCCGUAAACAUCAACGUUUCUCUCAGCCAUGAAAAUAUAUCCAGCCUUCUCUUGAAGCAAUACGAAAUUGGAAAUCUUCGCAUCGCUUCCGAACAAUGUAUGCUUUCUGUCAAUCAUUUCUUUCAUUAACAACAAAUAUCUAUUUUUUCGAUGAUGAGUUGCUAUUCCAUUACAAUCUACCGUAGUUAAAGGAUCAGCAAAGAUUUUAACAAGGUCAUCACUUGUAGUAGCAUUAAUAAUCGAAUUGUACAAGUCAACAGCCAUAUUUUUAUUGUAUUUUUGACUUCGUGUAGAUGACACGUGGCAAAAAAUUGUUAGAAUAAGAAUUUGGAAUUUUGACAUUUCCGUAUGAAAUUGAAUGAAAAACUGGCUGAAUAGAAGUUCACAAGGUCUAGACUAAUAUAAAUUUUGAUCAUCAAACAAUAUAUUGCAAAAUCUUAGCUUCUCGAACAUUUGCUGUGUUCCAUAGUCUGUCUUCCCUCUCAAGCGUCUCAAAAUUUCCGCAUGGAUCAUAUUUUAUUGAAUUUCGUUGGGCCAAAUUGCCACGUGGAAAAAAUAUAAUCAAAAUUAAUUUUGGCUCAAAGAAACAAACACGUGACACUAACCCCAAAAUUAAAAAAAAAAUCAAAAGUUCAAAAUUACCUGAAUCAUUUUUGUUUGUUAUUAUUUUUCAUAGCACGCAAUUUUUCGUGGAUUACUGUAGUUAUUCACGCAGAAAAAAAACAAACAAGGAAAUAAUCAAAUUUUUUUGAGAAAAAAACAUUCUGAAAUUGCGUGAUUAAUUUUUGAGUAAGGAACAUUUAAAUAACAAAAAUAUGUUUUUCAGUGAAAAUUUGAGCAAACAAGGGUACAGUAAUCCAGAGAGUAGAAAAAAUUCAAAUGUUUUCCAGCUUCCUCACAAACACGAAUUCUCGCUCCACCGAAAUUGUAUGGCUACAGUAGGACGAUUAUCGCAUGCUGAUAUUGAUAACAAAAUUUAUGGAUCAGCUCAAAUGCAUCGAAGAUUUGGAUAUAAAAUGUCGAGUGGAUUGUUUCACAAAAAAGAUGGAUAUUUUGGAAGAAAAGUGAGAGCAUUUUGGAUUGAAAUUCAGGGCUCAAAUCCACGUAUUUUAAUAUCAAAUGAGCCCAUAUUUGGAAUUAAGACAUAAAGCCUAAAAUUCCGAUUUUUCGAUACCUAUAUUUGGUCAAUUUAGACCUAUUUUUGAAAUUAGGCUUAAGGUUGAUUCUUUUAAAACUUUCAGAUUUUCUAGAUUUAAAAAUUAAUUUAAGCUUUAUUUCGAAUGUUCCCCAAAUCUCCCUUUUUUUUCAGAUUCGAGCUCUUCCUCCUGUUCGCCAAUUGGAUACUCCACCAACUCCACCACCACCAACACAAAAAUUCACAUUAUCAAAAAAAGAGUUGUCCGGUUUACACGGUCAUGCAAAAGUGCACAAUUUGUUGGCUCAUGGAUAUUCGACCAGGGAUUAUCCACAAUGA